ACAUACUGUUAUUCUCUGACUCACCGCCUCUAAAAUGAAGCAGCUUUCACAAAAUAACUCCGGACCUUUGACACAUCCAUCGAUUUAGAUACCAAAAUAAAUAGCUUUUUUUUUGGCUUUUGUUCUUUUUUAAGCAACAGAGGUGUUCCACAUCUGUUUCUGGACUCUCAGCCCUCAACAAAAUGAACAUAUUCCAUGUUUCCACGCUGCUGGGUGUUGCUGCAUUUAUUCUCCACAUUGCUGCACAUCAAGCACAUCCACGGACUAUUGUAUCUGUGUGGCCUCCAGGGCCAAAAUUCCUCCUCGGUGAGUAUGUGGUCCUGCGUUGCAGAGUGGAGUCCAAUUCUACUUUUGCCUGGAACUAUCAAUGGUACAGAGACAAACCACACAAUGCUUCAACUAUGGACCCAAGGCAUCUGGUCUCCGGAGAAAGCUACUCCAUCACAGGUUUAACAGAAGAGGAUGUGGGCAACUACUGGUGCAAAGCACAGCAAAGGGAGAGCAAUUUCACAGCUAAUGCGAAUUCGGUUAAGCUUAAUGUGCCAGUGCUGCCCUCUCCCUCGCUGACUCUGACACCCAACAGCAGACAGAUCUUCACAGGAGAAAGCUUCACGGUGCAGUGCCCUGCGUCUCAGACUGACUCCAUAAGCUGGAGCCUGAAGCAUUUCUCUGUCAAUCUCACAGAGAUGUGUUCAUCACCACAAGGUGCUGUUUGUGGAAACAAGUGUGAAAGAUGUGUCUUUAGGGCUGCCAGUGAGAACAGUGGAUUGUACUGGUGCCAAAGCACAGAGGGCCGCAGCAGUGCAAUCAGCAUCACAGUCAGCGAUGGUAGCAUCAUCCUGAAAACCCCAGCCCUCCCAGUAUUUAAGGGUGAUAAUGUGAACUUGUCUUGUCAGUACAGGACAGAUGUGUGUCAUGAAGCAAUCUUCUUCAAAAAUGGAGCAAAAUUUUUUAAUUCUUCUGGGUCAGACAAGGUCGUAAAUGUGACUAUUUAUAAUGUAACUCAGAAAGAUGAAGGCUUUUAUAAGUGUGCCUCCCCGGACAGAAGGAUGGAGAGCCCGGAGAGCUGGUUAUCGGUGAUAGGUGAUCGAGGCAUGUUCACAUCAACAGUGACACCAACAACCUCUACAAAUGAAAGUUGGAAAUGGAUUGUUGUUUCAUGCAGCAUUGUGCUUCUCUUCCUGAUUCCUCUAAUUGUUUGGCUGGUUCGGCGUAUCAGGCACCACACAUUUUCCACUCAGAGCUGCUGGCCACCCUCUAAAGAGGACGUACCAGCAGUGCCGCUUCCGGAGACCAAACAGGAUGUGACGGAAGUGCAGUGGGACCUGUCCUGGAUGGAAAUGUCCAGUUUGUUGGAUAAGCAGUUAUAUCCCAGCACUUAGAGGAGAAAGUUGAGAGAAAAUAGCUUGUCCUUUGUCAAUCCGGAUAAAAACACUUUUAGUAUGAAAUAAAUAUUAAAAGCGAGUCAUAAAGAUUUCUUCUCGGGUUGUUGCUUCUUUACUUUUACUCAAUUUCCCUUAUAGUUUGUAAAGGUUUGAUUUUUAUGCUUUACAAACCUUAUGUAACCUCAAAAAACAAACAAACCAAAGUUAUUUUCAGGAAAAAACAAAACACAUAACAGAUAAAUGUUAUUAUAUGUUAUUUAUAUUGUUGUGUUGUCAGAUUGUGUUUUACUGAAGUUUUUAGAGAUUAAACAACUGCAAAGCAACACUUGUAUGUGAUAUGGAGAUGACUGUUACAUCCCACUAUCUGCCAUAUUAAAUUCAGGGUAACAUUUGGAGGCCAGAAAUCAAAAAUAAACUGAGUACAUACUCUGCAAUUAAGGGGUAAGGAAUCCAACUAGAAGAAAGAGGUUCAUAACUUCACAAACCAACUGCAUGACAAAGGGUAUGACUCUAGAAAAUAAUGUUUUUGUCAUUUACUGCUAAAUAAAUAUACAUGCAAUGUACCACAGGUGUUGAUUUCAUUUAGUUGUCUCGCUUUCUGUUUUUCUUGUGGAUGAAACAGACCUGAAGAAAAAAAUUAAAGAGACAAAUAUCUACCCGUUUAAUGUUCACAUCUUAGAUUAAAACAGUAUUAAUUUCCAAUGUUCUAGAAAUGAGCAGAUUUUGUAAACAUUUGAAUAUAUGUACAAUGAGAUGUAAAUCAUAACUAUGUCUAAGAUUGUUUUAUCUCAGUGGGGAGAUUUUUUAGUUUAACAUCUUUCAGCCGGAAUUUCUUUAUGUUUAAUAAAACCACAUCACACUGAAGUUGUCAUUAAGUUAGAUUUAGACUAAAUUCCCCACCACAACCAGCUGUUGUGCCAGGUUUGUUAAGAUUUCG